UGCUUGUCAAACUUUCAAUUUUAUUCGGAUUUGCGAUUGUAUGGCACGACGUUUUGCUUGUGCGUGUCUAUAAAAUUGAAUAUCUCAUCUAUUUUCCUAGAAAAUAACGAUGAUUAAUAUAUCGGCUAACUACAGUGGCAGUUAUUGUGGUUUACCAUUGGAAUAAAUUGGUAUAAAAUGUCUGCAAAAGACAAGUGGGUACGCCGGUUCUCGGUGGACGAAACCUCCAAACACAAGAAUGGAUUCACUAUUUACAAGAUUACUUCAGUUCUGUUCCCUAUAGAGUCACCCGAAGCUGUGAGCGUGGUGUCGGUAUGGAAGCGCUACAGCGACGUGCAGCAGCUGCAUAAAAGUAUGCGAUCGCUGCACGCCGGCCUGCGGCUCCGAGGGACGUUCCCGCCACUGCAGAGGCAUAGCUACUUCAAGCGCUUUCAGCAGGAGGUGAUAGAGGAACGCGCGAAGACCACCAAGACAUUGUUGGAGUUCGUCGCUGAACACAAGCUACUGUUCACCAGUACGGACUUUGUUAAUUUUCUGCAGACAGGCUACCCCGAACCGGAGCCCCAAGCUGGAAGCGUCAUCAACGCGAUCAGGUCCUCACUCCACCUGCCCAUCGAGGAGACGCCACCUUUGGAGUACCAGACCGACGAUGAUGAUGCCAGGAGCCCUGCACAUAGUGCGAGGCCACAGCAAGCGCCACAGGCCACAGACCAGCUAUCCAUAGACGAAACAGACUUCAUAUCCCAAAUACCGAUAUACGAAGCAGCCGACGUCGAAAUCCGUCAGUCCCCAGACCAAAAACUAUCCGCAGCUGAUAGUUUCGAGUCAAUAAACUCUUUGGACAGCAUAAACAGCGACCUCUAUGACGAACUAAGCAAAGUGACCAUAGACAAACCGAGGCCGUGCGUCAGAAAGAAUGUCUUGCCAGAUUUGAUCCUUUUUGACGCACCAUCGACUUCUACGUUUGAAGAUUACCACACUAUGCCCAGAAGUGGCAACACAGAUUCGGAGACUACGUCUCUAGCGUCGAACGUCUAUGGUUCGAUGACGUCAGUGAAUGAGAUUGAAAGACGAAGCAGCUCGAAGUUGUCUUUGUACAGCAAACGGAGUGUGCUGUCUCUUUCUAACGUGGAGUGUAAGACGAAGACGGAAGAUAGUUACGUGUUUGAAGCGGGUUAUAUGCUGAAUUUGGCGGCGAGGUGUGAGAAUAUGGGAGACUUCCAAAGGGCAUUCGAGUGUUACAAGUCUGGUAUAGAGAAGAUGCUGAUUGGUGUUCAAAGUGACUCAGACCCUCAGAGGAGGGCCCUCAUCAAGGAGAAGACGAACAAGUACCUCUCCUACGCCGAGGCUAUCUACAAGAACCACCUCUGUGAUAACGAGCAAAGCCUGCUGCCAGAGCGAGACACAACAUUAAAACCUCUGCACUGCCCCCUGCCGGCCGCUAUGCUCAAGCGGCCGUACGAAGACUUAGCACUAUACAGGGUGUUAGCUGUUCUGAGUUCAAGUAUUAUGCUAGUUCUGCAUAGGGAGGAACAGACUUGCUAUGCUAUGAAGGUCAUCCAAAAAAUCCCGCACAACCUAACGGAAUUCGACGAAUACUUCUUACAACGCACCAAAGAAACCCGCGAACCAGUUUUACCAACCGUUAUACCAUACAUGGUACCCCUCCACGCGUUCAUAGAAACAAACAACCUAAUAUUUCUAAUACUAUCCUACGCCCCAGGCGAAAAACUAUUCGAUUACAUCAAAAACUACGCGAAAUCCAUCCCUAAUACCCCAGCAAGAGAGGUCAAUUUAGAAAACGUGUUCUCCGAACCGAAAAUCAAAACAAUUGAUGUCGAAAACGAUAAUAUUGAAGACAAAGUUGAAGUAACAGAUGUCAAUGUAGAAAUAAAUGAAGAAAUAGUUAAUAAUAAUGAAGUAGAAACAACCGUUUUGGACAAUUCAGACCUUAGUGUCAACGAAAUAGUGUCGAAUUCUCAGAAAUUGUUGAAGAAUGUUGACAAAGUGUUGAGUGAGAUGAAAGGUAAAGACGAUACCAAAGUGGGUGAUAAAGUGAACAUUGAUAACUCUGAGAGGAGGGACGUUGUCACACCAAAUGUUAAUCGACUUACUCCAAGGCCGAGAGACGUUCUACCCCCAUCAGCUGUUUGCAAGUGGGGUGCUGAAAUACUGACGGCCAUUGAGAGCUUACACAACUGUGGUGUGAUUUGCAGGGACCUAAACCCUUCAAACGUGCUCCUCGGUUCUCACGGACAAGUGAUCCUAACCUACUUCAUAUCCUACCCCGGCUUGGACAUGGCGCUGUCCAAAACGCGGCCGAAACCGGGCGACGUCAACAUGUAUGUGGCGCCGGAAUUGUAUUACAACACUAUUGUGGAUGAGAGAGACGUGUCGAGCGAUAAGUUGUGCGACUAUUGGAGUUUUGGAGCGGUUAUGUAUGAACUGCUUUGUGGGGUGCCUUUAUCAUACUACCACAGGAGUGUCUUCACGAGUCACACCAUACUACAACUGCCCGACGGAUUGUCGGUGGAGGUGGAAUCAUUGCUAACACAGUUAUUAACCUACGAACCCUCAGAGCGUCUAGGCGCCGGCAAAGACGGCAUAGACGAGAUCAAACGGCACCCUUACUUCAAGGGCAUCGACUGGCGGCACGUCUACGACACCUGGCUGGUCCCGGAUUGAUGCGGUUCACCGAAAGAUCACGCGCAAUCGGCAACAGAGUUGCACUUAGUCUGGUAAGGCCCAAAAUGUAGUAUUUAGUUAGGAAGUACUCAAUUGAGUAACAAAAAACCAAUAGUUGCAAGACUCAAUUCAUAAAUAACUUGAAAAAAUCUAACUGUCUAAGGCGGGAAUCGAACCCACGACCUUUUGCUUGCCGGACGGCUGCUCUUCCAACAAUUCUAGAAAAUGAAUUUAUUGGUAGCCCUGAAAACCGACUAGAUUUUUUCAACAAAUUUUCAGUCAAUUUUGUUAGCCUAAAUACGCGCCGCGAUAAGCCCAUACAUUUGUCAUCUAAAAACUUCGAUAAGAUAUUAUCACAGCGCUUAUCCUAGCCCGAUUGAUGACGUCAUAGUCCCUAUUCCCAUAUAAAUUCUAUGGUAGUCAGUUACGUUUUGACAUCUCAUAAAAAGUAUGUCAGUUGACUAUUAAUGUGUCUACUACACUAUUUCCUACUAAAUUAACGCCCGUAUUCACAAACGAUGCUUGCUUAAGUGAAGCAGCAAAUCGAACGCACAGCGUUGAAUAAAGCUCUGUGAUUGGUUCUUGUGUCACCCUGUGCGUCCACGCGCACUGUGAGACCUCAUAGUAAUGUUUGUGAAUACGUAACAAAUUAAGUAGUCGUGGCUUGAUUUAGAGUAGCAUAAUCAACACAUAUUCGGAAACAAAGAUGUAUUCAUAAAUGUUAUAAUGUUAUUAUAAUUAUGAUACUGAGAAAUGGGCCUUACAAGUAUAUACUUUAAAAAAAUAGACUGUUUGAAUGUUAUACGGUAGUUUACUAGUCCUGAUUGUAAUAAUAUUAUGCAGUUGAUAAUAAUGUUAGUAAUCUGUCUCUAAACAAAGUAAAUUCCACAAGACAACUUUUUUUAUCCACAACGAGGAAGCUCUUGGCCUGUAUCUCACCUGAUGGUAAGUGACGAUCAGGCCGAAGG